AUGUCGAACCAGUUUAUUGGGCUCACCAUGCUGGUGACACUCAACUCACCUCCUGGUGCUCAAUUGAGGGGCAUCGUCAGCAGUGUUGAACCAGGGAAAAGCUUAACUCUGCGACAUGUAACUUGCCCUGCGAACGGAAAAUAUGUCAAUGAGAUUACCAUCAAUGCGGUGGAGAUUUCGGAACUGGUCGAAGCCCCCAAUGAAAAUACCCGUCCCCAAUCGAACGUCCCACCUGUGAAGGCGCUACCUAGGACAAACUUCGAAGAUCCUGCGAUCCUGAGCGUUGGCAAGAAGCCAACACCAGUCAAUCGAUCCAUGCCGGUAUUUCCACAAUUGAACCCGACCCUGAUGGAACGAGUUGAUUCCUCCCGUACAGUAACGAGUAGGAGUGAUAGAGCACCCAAGGACAUCACUGCUGCGACUUUGGUUGAACCAAUACAACAGAUCUAUAUAUCAGAGGUGGAGGGAGGUGGCAUAGGAGAAGGUCUAAUUCUGGACGAAAAGGAUGCGGAAGAAGCAGAGGUUUCCCCAGCUCUGCCAGCAACCAAGCCGGCAAAGAGAAAUCGCAGGCGAAGGGGGCAUGGACGUAAAACAGCCGAUGGUGAUUUGCCGGAACCAGACGUCACUCCAGCGAAAGAGACGUCCAAGUCAAAAGGCUGGAGGCAGACACCAUUGCUAGAGCCAAAUCCGUCCUUUCAACCGUUCGCAACGCUCAAGAGGCAGAAGGCCAGGCGCAAUGGGAAUGGACUGGCGGAUGAAAAUGGAUGGGCAACGGAAGAUGCAACAGAUGUACAAGAUAUGGGCGAUUUCGAUUUCGCAGGAAGUUUGGCCAAAUUCGACAAGAAGACCAUCUUCACCCAGAUACAGGCAGAAGAUGAGAUUGCAGACGAGGAUCGACUGGUCUCGCACAACAGGUUACCAAAGCCAAAGCCAGGAACCUCUGGGGGCAAGAAUCUGCAUUAUACUGAGAAUGUCCUGGAUUUACCAACCGGCACUGUGAAGACCAAGACCGACAUUUGGAAGAGCGAAGCGGGCGACACUGAUCUCGAAGAAAGAACCAGCCAGAGAGAUACAGGAAGUGGCAGGGUCUCUCGCAGGGCCGAGAGCAAGUCAGCUUCAAAUCGAAGGCCCGUCUCUACAAAAAGGGGUUCAAUUGCAAGUGCCCAACCAGGUCGUACGCAAUCAGAGCAGUUUCAAACUUCUAUUUCAAAGCCGGCCUUCUACCUCGUCCCAUCAGAUCGCCGUUGCGAACCUAUCUCUCCCCUUCAAAUGCUUAACCUUGAAAAUAUAGCCGACACCGAGCUUGGACUUUCGGAAGACAUGAUGGCCGAGAAUGCAGGUCGAGGCAUUGCAGAGGUCGCCUUGUCUGCGCUGAACACAGGUGGGCGUGGCUUGACCCAGGGCAAAAGUAGCACAAUUCCAACGGUCGUCGUAUUUGCGGGCAACAAUAAGAGUGGUCUCCGAGCAGUGGCAGCGGCUAGGCAUCUCCGAAAUCAUAGCCUAAAUGUUGUCGUUUGUGUUCUCGGUCUAGAACGCGAAACGGAACUCCUCGUGGGUCUACGACGGCAGUUGAAGGUCUUUAGCAGCUUUGGAGGUAAACUGGUCACCAAAGUCGAGCUUCUAGACUAUGUCAAAAAUCUCAACACACCUGUUGAACUGAUCAUUGACGGUCUCCUUGGCCUUACGAUAUCUUUUGAAGAAUUAAGGACAGGGGACCAAGCUACAGCCUACGAACUUAUCGAGCUGGCCAAUCGUAGCAAAGCACCGGUCUUAGCGAUUGAUAUCCCUACAGGUAUCGACCCUACGUCAGGGAAGAUCAGCAUCAUCGAUGGAAGACAACUUUAUAUACACGCAAAAUACGUUGUCGCUAUGGGAACGCCGAAAAAGGGAUUAUUGGAGGCGAUGGCGUUGGGUGAGGGCGUUUCUGAUGACGAAGGUCUUGGCAAGGGUAGAGAAUGGCAACUCUUCGUUGCCGAUAUUGGUUUGGGUGCCGCAGUCUGGAAGAAAGCUGGAACAAGAAUCAGACGAGGAGUUGAGUUCGAAGGCAGCUGGGUAAUUGGCAUGAGAUUUCAAGGGAGUGCGGAGUAA